AUGGUUUUGGAACGAGACUUCUGGAACAAGUCUUUAAGUCGGAGGCUUUUUCUUCAGGGCAGCAAAUCACAUAAGAUCAGGCGAAGCGGUGGCUCUCGUUCCGUUUGGUCUUGUCUCCGCAGUCUCUCUCUCUCUCUCUCUCUCUCUCUCUCUAUCUCUCUCUUGUCUCUACUCGGCGUUCUCGUUCCUCAAACAAUCAAUCACGGCUCUCCCUGCAAAUAUCUAAAUAUGGAAAGCCCCUCCUCUUUCCUUGGAAUUCUACCUGGGCCUUCUCCAUCCUUUGGUUACCUGAUCAAACCCGUCUCCCUCCUGCUUUUUAAUCCUUAUCAAUCGACCGAAAUCACGACCAGAGGUUCGUCUUCCUCUCCGUCACUCAAUGGUCGUAAAAAUAUUAUCUAUUUCUUUCCGGGAGAUCAGCAGAGAUCAAUUAGCGUAGUCUCUCUCUCUUUCUCUCUCUCUCAUCUUUCUCUCUCUCACACACACACGCACACAUUCUUUCUAUACGAAUGCUUGUUGACGUCUCUUCAUUUCUUUCAGGUUAGCUUCUCAUUUUCUUUUACUUGUCAAUCGGUCUCUCUCUUUCUCGCUCCUAAUGAAUGGUUAUCUCUCCUCCUCUAUUCCGGCCUGUUUCAUCUUUUUAACUCUUUUGCAGCUAAUUACUCUCCUCUCCAUCUCCCCCCCCCCAACCAGGAAAUGCUACUCACUCUCUUUUUCUAUAUGUAA